UUUUGCUUAAUGCAAUUUCGUCAACAAGUACUUUUUUCAUCUCACUGAUGAUAAAAUUACAGCAGACACGGUAAGAGAGAUGGCACGCUCUUUCUACAGAGUCUACCUAGGUAAGGGGGUACAAUACCUAUAUAAAGCUUGAAUGAAGAUGCUCCCAGCUAUUCACUCUCACCUUUCUCAUAAGCGCGCGCACGACGCAAAUCUUCCGGCCGAAUCGUGAAGGAAGAUCGACUUCAGCUACCUUGGUGGCAAUAAUUUUCCCCGGAAAGGAUUUCACUUACAGGCCAAGGAUGAGGCUCAUCGCCGAGGCGAUUUUCGUUGUCGCUCUCUCGGGUGCAGCGAUGUGCGGCGGAGACUUCGGCGAUCACGCGCUCUUCGUGAGAACCGCGGACGUGGAUCCCGCACGCUCGAGAAUUCAACGGGCUGCUACCUCGGUAUCGCCGGCAGACGUGAUGGCACAAAAUAUCCUAGAGUGGAUUCAAGGGAUCUACCAACAGGGCACACGUAAAAUUCGCCAACAACAAUCAGAAUCAAAUGGGUACUUGCCACCCUACAGCACCCAACGACCGCCCGAAAAACCGCGACCCUUCCAGACGGCCUCUCAACAAAACGAAGUAACGGGUUAUCCCGCUCAGCGACCAUCAUCGCUCUAUACCCCGCCGAAUAUCGGUUAUCCCGGAUCCGGGCAACCGUCCACGCCAUUUUCCACGCCGAGACCGAGCCAACAACCCUCGUCAACGUACGUGCCGCAAGGCUUCAGAGGCUCCACGUCCUACAACCCUCGACCGAGCCAGCCCUCGUAUACCAACGCGGGCUCGUCGGCUUUUCCACCACUGAAUCCCCCGGAAUCGUCGUCCACUUACCUUCCGCCGCAGCCGCCGCCUUUUCCAUCGACCAGUCCAAGACUUCCUUCCGAAUCCAUGAUCGGAUCCUUGGACUCUUUAAGACCUUCAGGACCACCUCCGACUAGAGGCUACCCUAGUUCAAGCGGAGGAUAUACUCCAACAGCUGGAUAUCCAUCUACUGGAAGACCGCAACCUUCUUUUCCUACGCCAGGUGAAACUGGCAUAGAUGGUACUAAGGUAGCUGUCGAAGAACAAGGUCCUCGAAUUCCUGGUCCUGUUGAAACAAGUACUGGUGUCGGUGUUACAAGUUCUGGUACUGGUACCGGUAUUACAAGUACUGGUACUGGUACCGGUGUUACAAGUACUGGUACUGGUACUGGUGUUACAAGUACUUUGGAGACCGAUGAAAAUCAACUCUCGCGUGUCCAUGUUCAUGAAAUUAAGGUCGAAUGCAGUAAGGAAAUGAUGACGGUCAAUGUCGAAUUUAAUACCGUUUACGAUGGCCUUAUUUAUUCUAAGGGAUAUUUUAUGAACCCGGAGUGUACUCAUGUAAAACAGAAUUCUGGCUUAACACAAUAUUCUUUCACUCUGACUAUGGGCACUUGCGGAACUCAAUUCAUCAGCGAUUUCGAGGGUGAAUCUGGACAAGCGUAUUUGGAAAACGUCCUCGUAUUACAAAAUGAACCCGGCAUACAAGAAGUCUGGGAUAAGGUUCAAAGAGUGCGAUGCCUCUGGGAAGGAAAUAUCAGUAAGCUCCUACAGGUGAAUCUCUCAGUAGAUAUGUUGAAGCAAGAGAUCGUUACCUUUAGUGGCGAUACUGCGACAGCCAAACUGGAUAUUCAAAUGGGCAAAGGACCUUUUGCACCAGCUGCCGAUGGACUCGUAAAGAUAGGAGAACCAAUGACUUUAGUAAUCUCCGUGGAGGGCGAUCCAGGUUUCGAUCUUCAGGUGCGCGAGUGUAUGGCGAAAGACGAAGCAUCGGAAAACGUGUUGCAGCUCACCGACGAAAGAGGCUGCGUUUUGAAAACGAAGCUGUUUGGUGCCUUCCAAAAGACAACGGAUACCGGCAAUACAGGCGCUUCUAUUAUCGCUUACGCAUUUUUCAAUGCCUUCAAAUUCCCUGAUGUUAUGGAUCUGUUCAUCGAAUGUAAUAUCGAAUUAUGUAAAACUAAUUGCGAAUCUUGUCCGGAACCAAAUCAACAAAUUGAACCGAACCAGUCAGGAAGUAGACGCCGUCGAUCAAUAACAUAUACACCACCUUCGAACAACUCGACGAAUGCGGUUCUAUUAUCGGAUCCGGUUCGCGUUGGACGGCGUUUCAAAGUGAUCAUGUUAGAUGACUUGAGCACAGCAACGCAUCAGAUUCUAGAGAGUAUGGAGGAAACAGCUGUAAAUGCGAUGAUAAAGGCAAAAGAGGUCUGCAUGAGCAACAGCGGAUUUUACACGACCUUCUCUCUCAUGUUGAGCACAAUCUUCAUAGCGACCAUAAGCACGGCUGUGCUAUAUAUUAAAUUGCAACGGAUUCGCAGAUCGAAAUUCGUCGAUUCGUAGGAUGGUAUUAUUUUUGUGACAUCUUUAUUGUAAUAAUACCACAGACAAGGAGUUGUGUAAGAAACGACGAGCGCGUGCCAGUAAUCAAAUAAUAAGUUAAAUGGUAAGAGACUUAUCUUAAUACUUCACAAUCAUUCAAUCGCGAAGAAAUUCCUGGAAGAAAAAUGUAUACAGAGAUAUUUGAAACAAUCAUUAUCAACGGCUGGAAAACAACAAAAAAUUCAUCGAGUUUGUUGCUUCUAAAUACUUAUAUAAAUCAAUUUUUAUAUAAUAAUUACUUUUAUCCAAACAUAGGAAAUUUAUUCUGCUCGACAGCAGAACAGGGAAGCAGCCAUACUUAUAUAAAUCAAUAUAUAAAUAUCUAACAAACUACUCGUGCUGUCUUCGGACGACGAAAGUGCUCAUUUCGCGUAAUGCUUGAAUACCGAUACAAUAUGGUAUUUAUUGCGAUAUUUCAAUAUCAAUAUAAUGUAAAUCUUAAGUGUUCAAAAAUAAAUUAUGAUAUUUGUAAAAAAAA